AAGGAAAAACCUGCCAACGAUAUGGCAACAAUCUAUAUGAUGCAGCAAUUAGCAUUACAUAUACAGUGUAAUACUUGAGUUUAAUACGUUCACUGACCAUGUACCCUUCCUUUCUGCUUUAAAAUGAACGGAAACGUAAAGUUCCACUGUCAUGCCUAUAAACAUUCUAAAAUAAAUACCGUAAUGAAAAAUACAUACAUCAUUAUUCACUUCAAUAUCUACACCCAAAAAAAAUAAAUAAGAGCAGACAGCGCGUCACCGAUGCGCAAAGUUGCGGAAGUCUCAUUCGACAUCCAAGUGGUCGCCAUAUUGCCUGCAUCUUCUGUCCGUGACGUCGCACUGGGACGUUGGCCAUUAAAAACGCGCUGUGCCACCUACUACGGGACACGGAAGCUCUUGUCGAAGAAGAGGACAUCUCACAACCGAGUCGAAUGUUACCCUAUCGUUUCGAGCCACGUUUAGAUGAUAUCCGGCUCACUUCUAACGAACGAGCCAGCCCGGCCGAAGCCGUCUGCCGCAGAAGCCGACGGGUACAUCGACACAUUUAGCACCCCCUGAUUUACAGCCGGAUGUUUGGUUACAUUCUGAGAGGAUUACGUCCCCCAACUAUUGUUUAUUUUAGUCUCUCUACACCAGGGGUCACCACCACGGUGCGUCCGGGCGAAUGGUAGCCCGAUCCGAUCUUCGGCGGCAGCGGAGGUCUUUAGCCUAGCUUCGGCGCCCGGGGCUAACGGCCUCCGCCGCCUGGCAACUCGGCUCCCGGCCCGCUGCCGGAGCUCGCCCGUCAGACUCCGCGUCAUUCCCGCCCGAAGAACCAUCCGAAUAUUCAACAUUAAUUCCAUCCGCAGGUUCAAAUCUGUAUGGAAGUAUUCCUGCGUCUUCCCCGAUAAACCGAUACCGCCAUUUCUUCACCAGAUGAGGAUAAAUACGAGAAAUCGUCCCAUGAAACCGAGCCUUUGUUGCGGCACAUAUCUCCGCGCGUGGGUCAUGCGACUUGCAAAAAUGGCAGCCCCCCCCCCCCGAAUAGCCGUAAUUCUCGAUAAAAAUCUUUUUCAAAACAUUAUCAGAUGAGAGAGGAUUUGACAUCACAUUGUCAAAAUAGGAGAAAUAUGACGUGAACUAUUUGAUACAUUGUUAAUGCAAAACAGUGGAUUUCCCCUUUAAUAACAACCACAUAAAUUAAUUUAUGAUUUGGAACCAGCUUUCAGUAGAUCGAAACCAAACACGAUGAGCACUUGCAGUCAUAUAUUCUUAAUCCUCUGAGAAGAAGACGCACGCAUACCGGCUGUCAGGAGGGAAGGGGAGGGGGGUGUACUGUGUCUUUAAAGGGGUGUUGGUCGACGGAGAGGUAGCACAUAGGUUGAAUUUAGUCGCAAAGGAACACGGCGUACGCUGUUGUUGUUUAUUUUUAUGUUUCUGUUUGUUUGUUUGUUGUUUUUUUUGUGCUUUUACAGCAGCAGACGUGCGCGCGCCUUGCAGCCAUGGGAGAAGCGGAGACGCGUCAGAGGUUGCUGCGCAGUGUGAAGAAAGAGGUGAAACAGAUCAUGGAGGAGGCAGUGACGAGGAAAUUCGUCCACGCCGACAGCAGUCACAUAGUUUCCUUCUGUGCCGUGGUGGAGGCCUGCGUGCUCCACGGGCUGAAGCGACGCAUCGCCGGACUGCUGUGCAGCAACAAGGUGGCGGCGCUCUUCCUGAAAGUGGCCAAAAGCUCCGUGCCCGCCGAGCAGCUGUGCCACAAGGUCCAAGAACUGGAGCAACUCAUCGAAAACAGCAAACAGAACAAUUCCUCGCUGAACAGCGAGCGCAGCCGGCAGUCCAAGUUGAACAACCUUCCGCCCCAGGCCCUCAAACACUUGUGGAUCCGGACGGCUCUGCUGGAGAAGCUCUUGGACAAGAUCAUCCUGUACCUGGUGCAGAACGCCAGCACUUUUUACGAGAAAGAAGCCAUGCUGAUGGAUCCUGUGGACGGACAGAUUCUCGCAUCACUAUUGGUCGGUCCCUGCGCACUGGAAUACACCCACGUCAAGACCGCCGACCAUUUCUGGACGGACCCGUCGGCCGACGAGCUCGUACAGAGGCACCGCAUCCACAGCGGACACUGUCGACAGGAUUCUCCCUCCAGGAGGCCUGCCCUGAUUCAGAAGAGACAGUCCAGCGGCAGCAUGGACGAUCGCCCUCUGGUGUGGGCGAGGGAGUAUGUUGAGUCGCUGCACCAGAACUCCAGAACCACGCUGCUGUUUGGCAAGAACAACGUCCUGGUGCAGCCGAGGGAUGACAUGGAGGCCAUCCCGGGCUACCUCUCUCUGCAUCAGACGGGAGAACUGAUGACACUUAAAUGGACGCCCAAUCAGUUGAUGAACGGCAAUGUGGGGGAGCUGGAUUCUGAGAAGAGUGUCUACUGGGAUUACGCCAUGACGAUUCGCUUGGACGAGAUCGUGUAUCUCCACUGUCAUCAGCAAGUGGACAGUGGUGGAACCGUGGUGUUGGUAAGCCAGGACGGCAUCCAGAGGCCUCCAUUGCAUUUCCCCAAAGGAGGCCACCUACUCCAGUUUCUCACCUGCCUAGAGACAGGCCUUCUUCCUCACGGCCAGCUGGAGCCACCGCUUUGGAAUCAGCGAGGGAAGGGAAAGGUUUUCCCCAAACUGCGAAGGAGGAGCCCGCAUAGCUCAUGCGACUCGGUGUCUGAUAAAGAGGAUGACGAAGCCACAGAUUACGUCUUUCGGAUCCUCUUUCCUGGCAAUCAAAUUGAGUUCAUGCCUUUAGAGCUGAUGGACCAGGGUAUAAACAUGUGGCAACCUGAAGCCAGGAAGUCCUCCGGCUCCUCCUGCUCACAGACGGGUUCGUCCGACAGCUCUCUGCCAAGUGGCUGCAGUCAGGAACGGGCUCCUCUGAAGCUCCUCUGCGACACCAUGAAGUACCAGAUCAUCUCACGCGCAUUCUAUGGAUGGCUGGCGUACUGCCGUCACCUGUCCACAGUUCGCACCCACCUUUCUGCUCUGGUCAACACUACGAUAGUCUUCCCUGAUGUGCCCUCAGAUGCACAAGGAGGUCUCUCUGCUGAUGUAUGGACCAGGUUUCUCCAGGACAGCUCUGCCUACGAAGAACUUGAAAUACACAGGCUGGUGUACUUUGGAGGUGUGGCACCUUCACUGCGCAAGGAAGUCUGGCCCUUCCUGUUGGGACACUACCGUUUCACAAUGAGUGAGAAAUCCAGGCUGGAGACGGACGAGCAGACGCGCCUCCUGUACGAGCAGACCGUGAAAGAGUGGCAAGGCUGCGAGGCCAUCGUGCGCCAGAGGGAGCGGGAGAAACACGCAGAAGCCCUCGCCCGGUGUUCGUCCGGCACCAGCGUCGAGCGAGGGCCAGUGGUGGAGCGGGACUCCACCAUUAGUACAGAUUCAUCACUAUGCAGCAGCUCCGAUCCACAGAAUACACGGUCACAGAGCGACUCCAGCAGUAGUGCGCCGGUGUUUGCAUCAGUUGAUGCCAUGGAGACGAUGCCCGAAGGAGAUCAAAUAGAGCACAAUGGUCCAGGAAAGGACAUCCCAGGUGGUCUCUCUGGGUCCAGCGGCCUAUCUUGCCCGGAUGUGUCAAAACCACCACCAGCUAGCGACAGCUACCUUCUAUUGACGGAACCAGCUCUUGCAUCUGCAACCUCUCGGCAGUCGGCGAAGGCGUCAGAUAACUUUCAGGAAUUUAUUGCGCAAUUAUCGCCCGACGGGGUUAAGGUACUUGAGUCGACACCCGAGGACAUCCUCUUGGUGAGUGAGAAAAUUGAGAGUCCUGAAGCUGCUGAAAUGAGCAAGCCCUCAGAAGCGGCGGGGAAAUCUGCAAACCCGACCAUUGACUUCCGAUCUCCCCCAGACAACGUCAACGUUAUUACUCUUGAAACCGAGAUUCAGAAUGAAUAUUUCCAAGCGCCGCUGCUCGGGCAGGCUCUUCAAGCACAAAAUCGGAGAAGUCAAGAAAAGGAUGCAUUGGAAAAAAAUAUGCCAACAUUAAAUAUGGAUCCAGAGAGUUGCAAACAAGCAGAAACAUUGGACAAGCUGCGCUCGCAAUUGUUGGCUGCUUGUCUGUUGGAGGCAGACGCAACAGAAUCCACAGAUUCAGCUGCGUCUGAAACCAGAAAUGUGUCAGAAAUCUCAAACUCACCAGCCAGGCGAGUACUUGACGCUCUCCAGUCGGCGUCCCGCGGGAGCCUUUCGCUGUCAUCUCAUACCAGGCAGUCCCCGGACUCGGAUGAGUCUCCCUCAGCCCUGGAGAUGGAGGACAUUCCUGCUGGGGUGGCCUGCUUGAACCUCGAGGAACUGAACACCAGGCCCUUGACGGUCCUCGCGGCCCCACCCGCGUGCCUAUCUCGGAGAGUGAAGAUGGCACCAGAGGACCUCGUCCCGGAUCCGCUUCUGGGCACUGCUUGCAACACCAGUCCAGAUGACACUGACAUAGGGCUGUCCGAAGACGAGCCCGAUGCAGAAAAUGAGUUUGAUGCACCAGAGUCUGCAAUGGCGGCGCCGGAGUCCAAAAAGGAAGACUCUUCGGCUCAACAAAUGUACUCUCAAGAAACCAUGGACAUGUACCUCAUCAACUUGCAUCGCAUCGACAAAGACGUCAGACGGUGUGACCGUACUUACUGGUACUUCACUCCUGAAAACCUGGACAAGCUAAGGAACAUCAUGUACAGCUAUGUGUGGCUGCACCUGGACACUGGUUACGUCCAGGGCAUGUGCGACAUAUUGGCGCCGCUGCUGGUUAUCCUCGACAACGAGGCGAUGGCGUUCAGCUGCUUCACCGAACUGAUGAAAAGGAUGAACCAGAACUUUCCCCACGGGGGUGCCAUGGACUCUCACUUUGCCAACAUGCGCUCGCUCAUUCAGAUCCUGGAUUCUGAGCUGUUCGAGUUGAUGCAGCAGAACGGCGACUACACCCACUUCUACUUCUGCUAUCGAUGGUUUCUGCUGGACUUUAAAAGAGAAAUGGUGUACGAUGACGUUUUCUCCGUGUGGGAGACCAUCUGGGCGGCGGCGUACACCACCUCAGAGCAUUUUGUGCUUUUCAUUGCACUCGCACUGGUGGAAAUGUACAGGGACAUCAUCCUGGAGAACAACAUGGACUUCACUGAUAUAAUCAAGUUUUUUAACGAAAUGGCCGAACGACACGACAUCCCGCGGGUCCUGACGAUGGCUCGAGACCUGGUCCACAAAGUGCAGACACUCAUAGAAAACAAGUGAUCCUAUACUCUGCUCUGUUAGCUUUUGAGUCACAUGCGCUACACACACACAUACAUACACACAAAAAAGUGUUUAACGCAGUGAGGGUCUUAAGUGGUUAUACGUGAUUAUCAGCCCAAGACUUGUGUUGCUCAUAAAUCUAAUGAGGGGAGACAAGAAAGGCCAGUACAUCAAUUUAUUUUUCACGUGCUAUUCACCUAGUGAAUGUACCCUUUUUGGAACAGCUUCAGGAUGUUAGUUUUGCCUUAAAUGUUGCCAUUUUUUUCAGGGAUACACAAAAAAAAAAAAAAAAAAAUCUUAAAUCAAUAACGUCUUGUGAUGCUUGUUGGGAUUCAAUCAGUAUAUAUAUAAAAAAAAUGAACUUGGUGUGUCCGAGAUGCACAUCUGGGACCUGAUGCGGCUAUCAGAAAACAUCACUUGGCACCCAUCUUGAAUUUGUAAAUGCUUGGCGCUUUAAUUUUCUGAACAUUCUCUCAUUAAUACCACUUUUCCAUAAAAAUAUUACGAUCUUUCUUUCGAGGUCAACUCCGCACAUUUCCAGGUUAACUUCUCUGUGGUUUCUUCGCAGUCAUGCAGUUCUACUUUAAAGGUUUUGACUGGGUUCAUGUCAGGCCUUAAACCAAAUGGGUUCACAUGGGUGGCGGCGAUGCGGAUUUACUUUGGAUAACGCGCCGCUAAUCAUUUCGCGAGCGCAUCGUAAACCGUCAAAAUGAUUCAACGGUUGCUGAUCAGUUCCCGAUGAUUCCCCAUCAAGCGUCUCCAUGCGUUUCUCAGAAACCCGCCCGUGUUGUGUGCGUACUGUUCCUUUUGUCAGUUGUGCUGUAUACAACGACCCACUGUACAAACGCUAGCACAUUUAAAUGCAAUACAAUGUCUAUACGUGGGCUUUAUUUAUCAUGAACAGAGCUCAGAGGAGAAAAAUAUAUAUAUCCCAUUGAAGACAAAUAUUUUAUUUUU